CUAUAUAUAUUGCAAAACAAAUUUUCCAUUCACAAGCUUUCAGACUUGUAAAAAUUUUAAUUCACAGCUUAUAAUAACAUGAGGAUAUAUAUAUAUACAACUUUGAUAGAACAAAAGCUACAAAGGCGAAUUUAUCCUUGAUUACAAACUUCUUCCAAACUACUCCUGCUGCACAUAUGAACAAUACGUUUGCGAUUAUUCUGAAAAAUUUCACAAUAACUUGAUGAGUUUGGCUACUCAGUAAGUGACCAUCAUUAUCCUUAAAAAUCAUGGUUAGAAAGUAUAAAUACUUUCUAAAUAUAUAUUAAGCAGAAUUUCGACAUAUUGAUUUUAUGCAUUGUAAUACAUGCUAUUAGACAUAUUCAUUUCUAAUCUUACACAUAUCCUGUAUUCCUUAUUAGAUAAAGCAAAUAAGCAUGAUACAUAAACCAUAUGCACACGAUUCAUAUCAAGAUCAACAUUAAGAAUCAAAUAUAAUCAAGCAAGCAUCCACAACAACAGAAAUCCUGUAGUAGAAGCUACAUCAUUGUCUUCUGACUAAAAUAUGUAUCGGGUAUUUAGCCUAUGUGGUCGAAAAUCGGGCUGUGCAGUCCAAGCUAGAAGAGGUCCCAGUAUUAAGGAGAAAUACCCCCAUCUUUUAGAGCAGGCAGGUACAAAAUUUAGAGAACUAAAUUUCUUUAAGGGGGGGAGAAUGUAGUGGCCCAAAAAUUUUGGAACUGAAAAAUAAUAAUAAUAAUAAUAAUAAUAAUAAUAAUAAUAAUAAUAAUAAUAAAAUAAAUUUUAGCAUUACAAUAUUAUGUGUACUAAUUUUAAAUUAUUACACAUGACUUACAUGAUACACUUAAUUUUGUAUUAUGGAGUCAAUUAGCUAAUUUGUUAAAUAUUUGGAUGGUCUAAUUUUAUUUGAGUAGACCUUAGGUCCACCAUCUUUUUGCUUCUAACUUUUAUAAGAGGUUGGUUCUUACCACCUCUUACCUCUUACGUGACAUCUUAUCACCCCUCCAUUUGAUUUGUUUAUUGACACCUUUUAAAUGAGGUGUUACACUAGUCACUCUCUCUUAUCUUUUUUUUUUAAAAAAACAAAACGUUUCUCUCUCUCUCUCUAGGCCUUGAAUUCUCUCUCUCUCUCUUUCGAUCAUCUGACCUUAUAAUGCAGUAGAUUGUAAGCCUUGCAGCUCAUUAAAUGGUGAGCACUUAGAAGUUUGAUAGAAACCCAUUUAGGUGGCGAUGGAGAUUAAUGGACAGAUGGAACAGAGGCCUAUAAUUGAUGGCCCAACCAAUCCCAUGUUUCUCCUCUUGUUAAUGGUAUGUAUCAGUUCACAAUGGCAUAUGCGUAUUGGAAAGCAGGAAAGCAUCUUGAAAGGGUUGUGUUCACGGAUGAUCAUCCCAUGGGUAUAUCGGCAUCAUGAAAGAAGGGAGUAGAGGCAGGAGAUGUUUGGGUGGUCGCUCCCCCAUUCAUAGUUAUUGACACCCAGACGGUGCAAACUCCUAGCCAAGGUGGCGUAGAGAGUAAUGUCUUGCAAGGCCAUCGCCUAUCAAAAGCCCCAAAGCGCGCUGGGGAUGUGUGCGUAUAUGAGGCACUAUGCAACGGAUUUACCAGUUGGUGGUGCUUCUUCCUGCGGGAUGGUAGAAGUUCUAACCUCGAACCCGUGGGCUGGAUAUACAGUUCUGAUCAACACAUGGCAGCGUAACCCUCUUUUGAAGCAAGCUGUGGCUCAUUAUGCAUCCUGUAGUGGAACUGAUGCAGUACAUGUAGUGUGGAGUGAAAGUGAUCCUCCAUCAGAGAGUCUCAUAGCUUAUCUUAAAAAGAUUGUUUUGUCAAAGUCUCAAAGUGCCCAUAAACCUAACUUCAGGUUUGAUUUAAAUGAGGAAGACUAUGUUAAUAAUCGGUUUAAGCCUAUUGCGGACCUGAGAACAGAAGCAAUUUUCUCUGUUGAUGAUGAUGUGAUUGUUCCCUGUUCUACCAUGGAGUUUGCAUUUUCUGUGUGGCAAAGUGCUUCAAACACGAUGGUGGGAUUUGUUCCUCGCAUGCAUUGGCUUGAUGAAGAGAAAGAUGGUUCAACAUAUUACAAAUAUGGUGGAUGGUGGUCAGUGUGGUGGAUGGGUACCUACAGUAUGGUUCUUUCGAAAGCAGCAUUCUUUCACAAAAAGUACUUGGAUCUAUACGCACAUAAGAUGCCCUCGUCCAUUCAUGAUUAUGUAAUUAGUGAAAGAAACUGCGAAGAGAUUGCUAUGUCCUUGCUUGUUGCUAAUGCCACCAGGGCUCCUCCAAUUUGGGUUCAAGGAAAAAUUUAUGAGAUAGGGGCAUCUGGCAUCAGCAGUUUGUUAGGACACAACCGGAGGAGGAAUAAAUGCCUCAAUGACUUCAUUUCCUUGUAUGGCUCCGUGCCCCUUGUACCCACCCAUGUCAAAGCAGUUCAUGCUCUACAUGAGUGGUUCUGGUAGUAGAACCCACCUUCCCAUCUUUACUGUCAAAGAGUCAUGACUAAGUUUGUAAGCAUUUUAAUUAUCCAAAAGAAAAACGUUUGUGAGCAUUUCCAGGAUGAUAUUGCAGAGAGUACUUGUAGAUACUUUUGUCACAACCCACAAUUACUCCAUCAUGAAAAAACCUAUAUUAAAUUAAUUACUUCUAUAUCGGUAACGUAACAAGGUCGA